AUGGCAACAUGCGCAAACGACGACGCCGACGAGGGCCCAAACGAACCCGGUGCGGCUCCGUAUGGGAACUUUAUCAAUUAUUACAGAUUUAACCCUCCAGAGAAUCGACUGAGUUUAAUUCCCAGCACGCUUCUUGGUGAUUUGGGUUACAACGAAAAGCGGGAACCUACACUACUGCUGGACGUGGGCUGCAACUCAGGGGAACUAAGUAUAGCCCUCUACAAGCAUCUGGUUGAGACCCCUGGCAGAACCAACGUCAACCUGCUGGCCUUUGACCUGGAUGAGAACCUUAUCGAAAGAGCUCGGGAGGUCAAUCCUGUCCCAGGCAGCGUCACCUUCAUUCCUAUGGACAUCACCGGCGACUGCUCCCCACUCCGGGAGCACCUCGCGUGGCACGGGAACUCUCACUUCCACCUUACCACGUGCCUGGCCGUCACAAUGUGGAUCCACUUGAACCACGGCGACGCCGGUUUCCUCCAGUUUCUCUCUCGUCUGGCCGAACUCAGCAGGCACCUGCUGCUGGAGGUGCAGCCGUGGAAGUGUUACGGCUCAGCGGCCCGCAGGCUCAGGAAGCUCGGCCGCUCAGAUUUCGAGCACUUCAAGACCCUGAAGUUAUGCGGCGACGUGAGCGAACACGCCAGGAAACACUUGGAGACACACUGCCAAAUGGAAUUUGUACAAUGCUUCGGCAGAACUAUUUGGCACAGGAAGUUGUUGCUUUUUAAGCGAAAGUGA